AUGCAUGAAAUUGGGUCUUCAGUUUCUAAUAAAUCUAGAGAAGAAGUUCCUACUUACUUGAAAUGCAAGGGUGAUAGACUUAACCAAGCCAUUGUUGGUUUGUGUGGUGUCGGAUUUUUCCUAUUUGGUUACGACCAGGGCGUCAUGGGCUCACUUCUAACCCUUCCUACUUUUCGAGCUCGAUUUCCUGAGAUUGAUACAGUGUCUAAUCCUGAGGAGAGCUAUGCUGUCAUGCAAGGGACCACUAUCGGCCUCUAUGCUGUCGGAUGUUUGGUUGGUGCGCUCUCUACAAUGUACAUUGGUGAUAUGUUUGGUAGGGUGAAGUUGAUUUUCUGGGGAUGUGUGGUGAUCAUCAUUGGAGGUGUUUUACAAGCUGCUGCCACUGGAACCAUCUUUUUGAUUGUUGCACGUAUUAUAUCAGGCGUGGGCAAUGGUAUACUUACCGCUACAGUUCCUCUAUACGCCGCUGAGUGCUCUAAAGCCAGCAGUAGAGGUAAGUCACUAUGCAUCCAAGGUGCCUUGAUUACCCUUGGUAUCUGUGUUUCCUACUGGAUUGACUUCGCCUUCUACUUUACAGAACAAUUCGGUGAGGUUUCGUGGAGAUUCCCCAUCGCGUUUCAGCUUAUCUUUCCACUCGGAAUCACCUUUUUUGGCUACAGCUUCCCAGAGUCUCCAAGAUGGCUCGUUGGCCAGAAACGAUACGAAGAAGCUGCUAGUGUAUUUGCUGCAUUGUACGACACCGUUCCCAGUGACGAGUUUGUUCAAAAUCUCAUUGCUGAUAUCAAGGCUUCUUUGCGUGCUGAACAAUCUGCUGGUGGAGGCUCUAGCUUCAACCUUCGUGCUCUUUUCAAACAAGGUGAACGUAAGAAUUUUCAGAGAGUUAAUCUUGCCGGCUGGUCUCAGGUUAUGCAGCAGAUUUGUGGCAUUAAUUUGAUUGCAUACUAUGCUGGUACUAUUUUUGAAGAAUACAUUGGCCAGGGUCCAAUGGAGUCGAGGCUAUUGGCUGCAUGCAAUGGUCUUGAGUUCUUUCUUGCCUCACUCAUCCCUAUCUGGGUCAUUGAAAGAGUAGGAAGAAGACCUCUUUUUUUGUUUGGUUCAGCUGGGUGCUGUUUAAGUAUGCUUUUCCUUACUGUUUCCAUGGAAAUGGCCCACCAAGGUCAUGACGGAGGUCAGAUCGGUGCCGCAUUUUUGUUGUUUGCAUUCAACACCUUCUUCGGGAUGUCUCUCUUGUCACUUACUUGGUUGUACCCUCCUGAGGUUUCCUCUUUGGAAGUCAGAGCACCAACGACUGCUAUAUCCACCGCCUGUAAUUGGGGGUUCAAUUUCCUUGUCGUCAUGAUCACAUCGAUUUGUUUCAACAGAAUUGACCACUAUACGUACCUUAUCUUCGCCGGUAUCAACUUCUGCAUGAUUCCAGUCUUCUACUUCUUGUACCCGGAGACCAAGGGUAGAUCGUUGGAGGAAGUCGAUUUGAUCUUUGCGCAGACACCUUCAUGGAAGCCCUGGAAGGCAGUCGAAAUUGCUCGAAAGCUUCCACUUCGUCAUGAAACAGCUGCUACAGAUCUUGAAAACCUCAAGCUUUAUGAUGACAAGCCUUAUAGUGAUACGGAUGAAAACAGCACAGAGGCAGUGCGUGAAAAUCACAGGGAAGGACGUCUAUUGAAGCAGGAUGCUGAUGAAAAGCAUGCCGCUGAGGAAGAGUGUGAAACGAUCAAGAAGCCAGAGACUAGUGAAAGAAACUAA